AAAAUGUUGGGAAGCUGGCCUUAACCCCACAAUACAACAGUUGUUUGCAGAAAAGAUUGGAUAUGCUGUGGUAACACAUCUGAAACUCUGGCAGUUUCUUGGGUUGAUAGGAAUAAGGAGCAAGAAACCUCAAGAAAUCUUAAAUUUCAGUUGGCUUUGCUCUCUAGAAAUUUGUAAUUGUGGUAACUUGAGAUACUUGUUAACUCUUUCCAUGGCAUUAAGCCUUGUUUCUCUCAAAAAGAUGAGAGUACAAAACUGUGAACUGUUGGAGCAAGUCAUCUCAAAAGAAGGGGCUAACUUGAAGGGCGGCAUUGUUUUAACCAAACUGAAGUCUUUGGAACUUAUAGGUUUACCGAGACUUGGAAGCUUCUGUUUGGAUAAUUGCAACUUUGAAUUCACAUCUUUGGAAGAUGUAAUUGUGAUGGCAUGUCCAUAUAUGAUGACUUUCUCUAGGGGAGAAGUAAGUACACCAAAACUGCAUAAAGUGAAAUUAUCAGGAGAUGAUGAAGAUGAAGGAUGUUGGGAUUGUGGUCUUAACCUCACAAUACAGCUUUUGUUCACAAAAAAAGAGUGUUGGUGACUCUAAAGAAUGAAAUUUAUGCUUUAUAAAAGCUGGUGUUGGUUUGAUCUUCAAUAUGGUCGUAUGGGGUACUCCCUGGAUUUUAGUGACUGCAAGCUGCAAUUUUCUUGGCACCUAUAAUAUUAUUUAGAUUCUUAAAAUUAGUCUUCAGAGUUUUUGAACUCCUUGUGUGACUUUGUGUUGUUAGUAUUUAAUUUCAUGUCCUGGUUUGGUAUUGUGGUGUUAAGAACAAAUAUUUAAACCUUGUGUUAUCAGAACAUAUGUAUCUUAAUAUAGAAAACGUGAUGUGUCUAAACUUUGGUAUUGUAGCCUCUAGACAUUUUUUUUCCUUUUGCUGGCUUGGUUUUGAACAUU